CACCGUCCACAACUCGAUAAUAGAAGAUGGCAUUUAUUUUACUAUAUCCAGCCGUAGCUGCUCUGGCGCUUUUUAUUGUCGGUGUAAUUAUUGUAAUUUUACGCUUUGGUCCACGGCUUUGUGGUUUACGUCAUCAUGCACUUCCCGACAACCAUGAAUGGGACGAAAAGAGCUAUGAGCACGAGAUCAGUUAUGCAUAGGUGAAACUCAACAAUGCUA